AUGUGCUGCCCGUUGCCGCCCGUUGCUGCCCGUGCCUGUGCUGCCUGUUGCUGCCCGUGCCUGUGCUGCCUGUUGCCGCCCGUUGCUGCCCGUGCCUGUGCUGCCCGUUGCCGCCCGUUGCUGCCCGUGCCUGUGCUGCCCGUUGCCGCCCGUUGCUGCCCGUGCCUGUGCUGCCCGUUGCUGCCCGUGCCUGUGCCGCCCGUUGCCCGCCCGUUGCUGCCCGUGCCUGUGCUGCCCGUUGCCGCCCGUUGCUGCCCGUGCCUGUGCUGCCCAUUGCCGCCCGUUGCUGCCCGUGCCUGUGCUGCCCGUUGCUGCCCGUGCCUGUGCUGCCCGUUGCCGCCCGUUGCUGCCCGUGCCUGUGCCGCUCGUUGCCGCCCGUUGCUGCCCGUGCCUGUGCUGCCCAUUGCCGCCCGUUGCUGCCCGUGCCUGUGCUGCCCGUUGCCGCCCGUUGCUGCCCGUGCCUGUGCUGCCCGUUGCUGCCCGUGCCUGUGCUGCCUGUUGCCGCCCGUUGCUGCCCGUGCCUGUGCCGCCCGUUGCCGCCCGUUGCUGCCCGUGCCUGCGCUGCCCGUUGCCGCCCGUUGCUGCCUGUGCGUGUGCUGCCCGUUGCCGCCCGUUGCUGCCCGUGCCUGUGUUGCCGCUACAGCCCUUGUUGCUACUCUGCGCGCCCCCCGCGCCCUGCUGCCCUAUGCGCCCUGUGAGCCCUGCUUCCCUGCUGCUGCCGCUACAGCCCUUGCUGUUGCCGCUACAGCCCUUGCUGCUGCCCUGCGCGCCCCUCACGCCCUGCAGCCCUGCUGCGCCCCGUGCGCCCUGCAGCUCUGCGCGCCCUGCAGCUCUGCGCGCCCUGCGCGCCCUGCUGCCCUGCUGCCCUGCGCUCCCUGCGUGCACUGCAGCCCUGCAUGCCCCGCGCGCCCUACUGCCCUGCAGCCCUGGGUGUCUCUGCAUUAG